AGAACAUACACACAAAUAAAAAUAACUAUCGGAAUCAAUUCCGGUGACUUGUAUAUAUAAACAUAAAAUGCCUUGAGAUAUCAUUUACUUCAUUCUAAAGCUAUUCCAAGUCUUCAUCGAAGAACGAUAUCUACGUGCAAAUUGGAAAAUGUGGAAGUUGAAGAUAGGAGAAGGAAAUGGAGAAGAUGAUCCGUAUUUGAUGAGCACUAACAACUUCGCCGGUCGGCAAAUAUGGGAGUUUGAUCCAAAUGCCGGCACGUCAGAGGAACGAGUCGCCGUCGAGGAGACUCGCCGGAGUUUUUACGAGAAUCGCCAUCGGGUUAGAGCUUCCAGCGAUCUUUUAUGGCGCAUGCAAUUUCUCAAGGAGAAGAAAUUCGAGCAAGUAAUCCCGCCGGUAAAGGUCGACGACGCCGAGAAUAUCACCAACGAAGCAGCGACCAAUGCAUUGCGGCGAUCCGUUCACUAUUUCUCGGCGUUGCAGAGUAGCGACGGCCACUGGCCGGCUGAUAUCACAGCACUCUUCUACAUUCCUCAGAUGGUGAUAAGUUUCUAUAUCACAGGACAUCUGGAAAAGAUAUUGAGUCAAGAGCAUCGCAAAGAGAUUCUUAGAUAUAUCUAUUGUCACCAGAAUGAAGAUGGAGGGUGGGGAUUUCACAUACAAGGCAAGAGCGGUAUGUUUUGCACCGCACUGAAUUACGUAUGUUUGCGUAUUCUUGGAGAAGGUCCAGAUGGAGGCCCAAGUAAGGCGUGCAAGCAAGCCCGGCAAUGGAUUCUUGCUCGUGGUGGUGUCACAUACAUUCCUUCUUGGGGAAAAUUUUUCCUUUCGAUACUCGGAAUCUAUGAUUGGAGUGGAAACAAUCCUAUGCCUCCAGAGAUCUGGCUCCUACCUUCUUUUCUUCCAAUGCAUCUUGGGAAAACUACAAACUUUUGUCGACUUGUUUACUUGGUCAUGUCUUACUUUUAUGGGAAGAGAUUUGUCGCUCCAAUAACUCCUCUUAUUCUGCAACUGCGGGGAGAACUCUACUUACAGGCUUAUGAAAAAAUCGAUUGGAAUACAGCAAGACGUCUAUGCGCAAAGGAAGACAUGUAUUAUCCCCAUCCUUCUAUUCAAGAUUUGGUAUGGGAUGGUCUUCACAAUUUCAUGGAGCCUGUCCUUACACGUUGGCCAUUGAACAAGCUUGUGAGAGAAAAAGCUCUUCGGGUAGUGAUGGAAUACGUGCAUUAUGAAGAUGAAAAUAGCCGGUAUAUCAACAUUGGAUGCACUGAGAAGGCCAUGUGCAUGCUUGCUUGCUGGAAUGAAGAUCCAAACGGAGAAUAUUUCAAGAAGCAUCUCGCUAGAAUUCCUGAUUACUUUUGGAUUGCUGAAGAUGGGAUGAAAGUGCAGAGUUUUGGAAGUCAACUAUGGGACACAGCACUGGCGAUUCAAGCUUUACUUGCUAGUAAUCUCACCAACGAAAUCGCCAAUGUACUCAAGAAAGGACAUGAUUUCAUUAAGAAAUCUCAGAUUAGAGAAAACCCUUCGGGGGAUUACAAGAAGAUGCACCGCCACAUUUCGAAAGGAGGAUGGACUUUUUCUGAUCGAGAUCAGGGAUGGCAAGUUUCAGAUUGUUCAGCCGAAGCAUUUAAAUGUUGUCUUCUGCUCUCCAUGAUGCCACCUGACGUUGUUGGCCCAAAAAUGGAUCCUGAGCAACUAUAUGACUCAGUGAACCUCUUGCUAUCUUAUCAGAGUGAAAAUGGAGGUAUGACGGCAUGGGAGCCUGCCCGUGGAUAUGAAUGGUUAGAAUUGUUCAACCCAACUGAGAUACUUGCUGAUAUUGUAAUCGAGCGUGAGUACGUUGAAUGUACUUCAUCGGUUAUCCAAGCAUUGUUCCUGUUCAAGAAACUAUACCCAGAUCACAGGACUAGAGAGAUUGAUAGGACCAUUGAAAAAGCGGUACAAUUCAUAGAAAGCAAACAAGAGGCAGAUGGUUCAUGGUAUGGAAGUUGGGGAGUUUGCUACACAUAUGCAACAUGGUUUGCUCUUGAAGGUUUAGCAGUAGCUGGUAAAACAUAUGACAACUGUUUAGCUGUGCGUGAAGGUGUUGGUUUCCUUCUCAAGAAACAGAACAACGAUGGAGGUUGGGGAGAAAGCUACCUUUCCUGCUCUGAAAAGAGAUACAUAGCAUUAGAUGGAGAAAGAUCAAACCUGGUGCAAACCGCUUGGGCAUUGAUGGGUUUGAUUCAAGCGGGACAGGCUGAUAGAGAUCCAGUGCCUCUUCACCGUGCUGCAAAACUAAUCAUCAAUUCGCAGUUAGAGAACGGAGACUAUCCUCAACAGGAAAUGACAGGAGUGUUCAUGAGGAACUGUUUUCUAAACUAUGUUACCUACAGAAACAUCUACCCCAUAUGGGCUCUUGCUGAGUACCGUCAAGUUGUUCGCUUUGCUACUCGUUGAAAAUUCCUUUAUCAUAUACGAUAUUCUUCUUAUUGAGUUUGAGUGGUGUGUAUAAGAGAGUUUCCUUGGUACUUGAUAUUAUAAUGAAAAUUUUAGCCUCGAUGAUAAGAGUCUUCU